AUGUUCUAUGGUCAGAUGGCAGAAAAUAAGCUUGGGAGACUCUUGGUAGAUAUAAAAGCUGUAUUGAAGUCCUUGUCUUUGUUUUCAAAGUCCGUGAAUGAUGCUAAAAAGGGAAGAACCACGCCUCAACCACCAAAGAUUCCCAAAAGCAUCCAAAUUAUUGGCCAGUACUACAGUGUCUACAUUGGAAAAAUCCCGCCACGUUUGACAAUCAAUGGGACACUGAUUAUCGCGGACAAACCAAUUUCAAGUACUUACCCUCAACGGAACAAGAAAUAUAGAGAGGCAAUACUACAGCAACAUAAGUCACAGCUACAAUACAGCCUAUCACGUAUACCGGCAAAGAAAUGUUUCCUCUUUUGGAACCUGGCACUAGUGGCAGUACAACAAAAUGUUAUAUACCGACUAUUGACUCGUUCCAUCCCUUCUCGUCGAUAUAUGCAUCAAAUUUUCCCAGAGAAAUUUAAUUCCGCCCAAUGCCAGAUCUGUUUGUCUUCGAUUGAAUCAUCAAAACACAUGCUUUUUUACUGCCCCUCGAAGGCUAACAUUUGGAAAACUAUCAUAUCCGAAUUUCUUUGGCCUACGACCAACAUAUCAAAUAUAAUCGCUGCAACUUUCACUUUGAACUUCCAACCCAUCGCAUACUGCCAAAAACCAGGUUUAACAGUACAGAAUGUUAUCCUCUGCACCUUGGCCAACAUUUGGAAAUCUCACUUCCGUAGUAGCUUCAACUCUACACCUUUUCUCUGGCCUGUAGUUGUGCAACAGAUUCGUGCACACCUCUCAUCCUUUCAAGCUGAAGGCUCCCUCCAAAACCUGUUAUAA